AAACCGAGUGACAAAGAAGCAGUUUCAUUUCCUUCCACAAAUUCCCACGUUGCCUUAUCUCUUGAAUUGUUUCCCCGACUCCCCGUCUUUUCUUUCCCUGCAAACUCACCCCCGCGAUACAAACUAAUAUAAUCCCAAAUGCGUCAACUUUCACUCGCACCUGAGAACCAUUUCAAUUUUCACACAAACCCUGCAUCACAGCUCCUCCGUACCCACCAUCGUUAUCAUCAUCUUCACCACCACCCUUCAACUUCUAAUGGCUACCGAGUUAGCCAUUACUUUAUCUUCCCCACGUUUGCACCCCCCCCCUGUUAGAAGACCCUUGUCUCCUAUUUCUUCAUCGGUUUCUUCGUUGUCUUCCUCUACAAGGUUUCAGUCGGUUGUGUUCAAUAGAAGGCACAUAUGUUUUCGGCGCCGAUGUUUGGUGCUACCCACCAAGGCUACUGCUGAUCAACAAGGUUCGUAUGGUUUCAAGUACCAGUGCUUCUGGAAUUAUAACCAGGUUGAAGGUGCCCAAGGGGGUGAGGUUGUCGACGGCAAAAUCCUGCCAGAUGGUAGCAUUGACAAAAAAGAGAAAAAGUCAGUUGGUGAACUUGAACAAGAUUUUCUGCAAGCACUGCAAGCAUUCUAUUAUGAGGGAAAAGCUAUUAUGUCAAAUGAGGAAUUUGAUAAUCUCAAGGAAGAAUUGAUGUGGGAAGGAAGCAGCGUUGUCAUGCUAAGUUCAGACGAACAGAAGUUUCUUGAAGCUUCGAUGGCUUAUGUAGCUGGGAAACCAAUUCUGAAUGAUGAAGAGUUUGAUCAAUUGAAGUUGCGGCUAAAGACUGAAGGCAGUGAAAUUGUUGUUGAAGGUCCACGAUGCAGUCUCCGAAGUAGAAAGGUUUACAGUGACCUGUCAGUUGACUAUUUGAAGAUGCUUCUGUUGAACGUUCCAGCGACUGUUGUUGCAUUAGGAUUAUUUUUCUUUCUCGAUGAUAUCACCGGAUUUGAGAUUACAUAUCUACUGGAGCAUUUCACGGGUUUUUUUUUAGCCGUUUACCGCACUGCUGACACAUGGGGUUUGUGGAAUGAUGAAUUGCAGCUCCCCGAGCCAUUCAGUUUCAUUUUCACGUGGUUUGCUGCUGUGCCCCUCAUAGUUUGGCUAGCUCUAUCACUCACAAAUGCGAUUGUCAAAGACUUUUUGAUCUUGAAGGGCGCAUGUCCAAAUUGUGGUACGGAGAAUGGCUCCUUCUUUGGGACCAUCCUUUCAAUUUCUAGUGGUGGUUCUACCAACACUAUCAAAUGCUCAAACUGUGAAACUGCAUUGGUAUAUGACUCAAAGACACGCUUAAUUACGUUGCCAGAAGGAAGUAACGCUUGACUGGAGCUACUCUUGCAGGACAUAUCCAGUUCAAGUGAUCCGUGAUGCGCCAGUUACUAACUUGAGAAGUUGAAGACAAAAGGUGUCGCGUCUGUAUAUACCAACGGUGUGGAGAGCCAAACAUUGUGAAUGCCAAAAUUUUGAUGCAACAUCCUAUCCAGUAAAAUAAUCGUGAAUGCCAAAAUCUUACAUCAGCUUCUCCUCCUUUGUAUAAGUGGAGGCACGCUGUCACAAGUACUCAAGUUUCUCCAUCUUACGUAUUCAUUCCUAAUAUAUAUCAUGACUUCAUAGGAUAAAGUCCUAAAAUUCAUAUUUCUAAA